GAGCGAUCCGUUUCGACUCAAGGCGAGUCACUCGGAACUCAGAAUACGGCCAGGGGGAGGGGUAGGGUCCGGUACUGUCCAGUCCGGUGCUUGGAAAGAGAUUGGAGAGUUCUCCAAUGGAGCAACCAAGAAGGAGAGGAAGACCUAGGAAGGACAAGACAGCAGUGACGGUGCCGAAACAAGACAGAGAGCCAAAGCACGAAGAAGAAGAAGACGAAGAAGAAGAGGAAGGAAGUGAGUCAGACGAGAGAAAACAGAUGCGAGACAAGAAGCCUGCGCAUCAAUCUUUCUCCGUCGACGAGAAGUACGCUAAAUGGAAAUCUAUCAUUCCGGUCCUCUACGACUGGCUCGCCAAUCACAACCUUGUCUGGCCCUCUCUCUCUUGCCGGUGGGGUCUGCAACUCGAGCAAGGGAAAUUCAAGAAUAGGCAACGACUCUACCUGUCAGAACAGACUGAUGGCAGUGUUCCAAAUACCUUGGUCAUAGCAAAUUGUGAAGUUGUCAAAACCAGGGUUGCGGCUGCAGAGCACAUAUCACAGUUCAAUGAAGAAGCACGUUCACCAUUUGUGAAGAAGUACAAAACUAUCAUACACCCUGGAGAGGUGAACAGGAUCAGGGAACUACCGCAGAAUAAAAAUAUAGUUGCAACCCAUACUGACUCGCCUGAAGUUCUCAUUUGGGAUAUUGAAGCACAACCUAAUCGUCAUGCUGUUUGUGGAGCAGCUGAUUCUCGUCCAGAUUUGGUAUUGACUGGGCAUCAAGAGAAUGCUGAAUUUGCUUUGUCUAUGUGCCCUAUGGAGCCCUUAGUGUUGUCUGGAGGGAAGGACAGGUCUGUUGUUUUGUGGAGUAUUCAUGAUCAUGUGUCCACAUUGACAACAGAUGCAUCCACUAAGCCUGCAGGAUCUUCCGGGUCAAUUAUUAAAGCUUCUGAAAACCCUUCUAUCGGGCCACGUGGAAUUUUCCAAGGCCACAGUGACACAGUUGAAGAUGUGCAAUUCUGUCCCUCAAGUGCACAGGAGUUCUGUAGUGUUGGAGAUGAUUCUUGCCUAAUAUUGUGGGAUGCAAGAGUGGGCUCUAGCCCAGUUGUUAAGGUUGAAAAAGCACACAAUGCUGAUCUUCAUUGUGUUGAUUGGAGUCCUCAUGAUGAAAACCUUAUUAUAACUGGGUCAGCUGAUCAUUCUGUUCGAAUGUUUGAUCGCCGAAAUCCUAUUUCUGGCGGUGUAGGAUCACCCAUCUAUAAGUUUGAAGGUCAUGAAGCUGCUGUCCUGUGUGUGCAGUGGUCACCAGACAGAUCAACGGUAUUUGGAAGUUCUGCAGAGGAUGGUCUCCUAAAUAUUUGGGAUUAUGAGAAGGUUGGAGCAAAGAGAGAGAUUGGGGAAAAAACACCUUUUUCUCCUCCGGGGUUGUUUUUCCAACAUGCUGGGCACAGGGACAAAGUUGUUGACUUCCACUGGAAUGAAGCCGAUCCAUGGACAGUUGUUAGCGUAUCUGAUGACUGCGAUACCUCUGGUGGAGGUGGAACGCUCCAGAUUUGGCGCAUGAGCGAUUUGAUUUACCGGCCUGAAGAGGAGGUUUUGGCCGAGCUCGGGCAGUUCAAGUCUCAUGUGGUUGAAUGUACUUCAAAGAGCCUUGAGAGAACGAAGAAAGCCCCGUAAUUGGAAGGAUAGUUUGAAAACUGUUGCGUUCGGUUGUUAUAUGGAGUAGCUUCAUAGCCUCUUUGUGGGCGAACAAGAGCUUGAAAUGAAUCAGUUACCCUAGCGCUAGGGGAUCUUUAAUGUUGCUGUUUCUGACGUUGGGGUUUAUGAAUCAAUUUCAAACAUUUAAGAUCCCUUA